CAGUGUCGUGAGACUGUGCUCGGAACGGUCUCUGUCUGACUUUUACGACGUAGCCUGUAUUAGGUACAAAGCGGCAUCCUUAUAGACCCCGAGUACUGUAGCUAGGUAGCUAGCUAAUAAUCCUUCAAUUAAAUAUAGUUGGACUAGUAACUCCGUUUUUAGCGACUGACAAAAAAGAAACGAUGGAAACUUUUUAUGAGGACGCCAGAAGGCUUUUGGACGACUGUGAGCUGUUUGUAACGGAGAUCUUACAGGAUGAGAACCUCAGCCAGAAAGCCAGUGAGGCACGAGAAAUCCUGCUACGGAACUUCCGUGUGGUCCAUUCCAGAAAUCCUCUGGAUUUUCCCUCCAGAUGGGAUACCAGACAAGAGGAAAGUUCAGAUGACAAUCAGAGCGUUGGUGUUGGUCGCUCUGUGCCAUCUGAUGAUGUGUCAGUAGCCUCUGACUACCAAGAUGAAGGUCCUCAAGAAUACUUCGAAGAGAUCCCUAUGGUCGCUGCCCAGGAACUCAAUAACAUAUUGAAACAAGGGUAUUUGGAGAAGAAGCGAAGAGAUCACAGUUUCUUUGGGUCAGAGUGGCAAAGGCGUUGGUGUGUCCUCAAUAAUACCAUAUUUUACUACUUCGGCAGUGACAAAGAGAAACAGCAAAAGGGCUCCUUCUACAUCAAUGGCUACAGUGCAGAGCUGGUCACCAACUUGCGGAAAGACUCAAAGAAAAAUGCGUGCUUUGUUCUGAGAGCCCCGGACCAGCGCCCAUACCAGUUCACAGCCAACAGCCACCAGGAAGCCAGGGAGUGGGUGGACCAGAUUAACUUUGUCUUGAAAGAUUUGAGUUCCAACUUCAUUCCGUUUGAUGAUGAGGAGGAAGAUGAAGAAUGUGAAGUCGAAGACACCUAUGAUGACAUUGAAACCACUAACAGCCAAGGGACGGCACGUCCAGUGCUGCAUCCCAGCAUAAACUCUGCGAGCAGCCAGGAGGACUGGAAGAGCAGCAGGAUGGGGGAUGAUGAGGAUGAGGAGGACGACAUCUAUGAGGUGCUUCCAGAGGAUGACUUCCCUGAACCGAUGGAUGACCCUGGAGAAAAGGCCUCAAAAUCAGAGUGGUCGACCGAUUACGCCAGUUACUACCAAGGCUUGUGGGACUGCGAGGCUGACGAACCUGAUGAACUGACCUUCCAACGUGGCGACCUCAUCCAUAUUAUCAGCAAGGAGUACAACAUUCACGGCUGGUGGGUGGGGAAGCUGAACGGUAACAUAGGGAUCGUUCCCAAGGACUUCCUGCAACGCGCCUACAUCGUGUGAACUACAAGGAGUCCGAAGGUUGAUAAUGAAUAUUUUUAUGAAGAUUCCACUAUACCCAAAGAAUUUAAUACACUGUAUGACAAACUGAGAAUUUAUUGUUUGUGACAUGCUGAUUAUUUAAUGGAAAAUUUGUGUAAAUUACUGUUCUUUACAUAGUAAUGCUUAGUUUUCAUUGUGCAUACAAUUUACAAUUAAAAUGAAAAUUCAGCUCUA